CCCACACACCAGCCGUCCCACACACCACCCGUCCCACACACCACCCCCCGUCCAACACACCACCCGUCCCACACACCACCCGUCCCACACUCCACCC